AUGGCGCCGAGGCGCUCAAAGCUCUCGCUGAGCAAGCGAAGGGACUUGUCGCACGUGCUUUGUUCCAUCACCGCCGGAUGCAGUUCUAUACAAAGAGAACCGCGCGAGUUCUCUAAAGUCCUACAUACCUUUGGCACUGACACCUCCAACUGGGAAGAGCGGCGUUGCAUCUCCAGAGAUGAGGUCCGAGAACCUUUUAUUUCUCCUUUCAAGCACUGCCGCUCUGCCGCGGAAGGCGGGCCGCUGUCAGGCGGGCAGAACCACAACAGAUCGCCAAUCGUGGGGCGCAAGCCGAGCAAUGAGGAGGUCCUUGCGCGAGCUCGGCGGGUCAUCAUCUCCGCCAAGGCCCAUCGAGAAAUGAGUUGGGACAAAGUCUUUGCAGCAGCUGAUGCCGACAAGUCCGGAUCUUUGGACAUCAAAGAGCUGAAGCAGGCAAUGCGCACGGCACUUCGAAUCACUCCAGAAACUCUGCCCGACUAUGAUUUGCAAGUGCUCUUUGACGCCAUCGACCAUGAUAAGAGCGGUUCUGUAGAAAUGUCGGAGUUGCUCAAGUACGUGUCUCAUGGCUCAAAGCGGCCUGAUGAUGAAUCAAAGCUCAUGGAGAAGAAAACGGCUCGCGUUCGGCGCAACUUGAAUUUAGCCUUUCGGAAGUAUACGGCCUCGCAUUCUGCCAUCAACGAAUUGUUUGCAAACAUUGAUGCGGGCGGUGACGGAAAAAUCUCGUUGCUGGAAUUCCUAUAUUUUGCUCGCCACAACCUCCGUCUCACGGCCUACGACGUGGGAGAUAUCGAGCUCAAGCAGUUCUACAAAAGCAUGGACAGGAACGGGGAUGGCGUUGAUGCUGAGGAACUGCUGCACUUCAUCAAGGAACAGCACGCAGAGCUGUCAAGCAGAAAGGUGUUCUCCUUCAUCGAUGGUAAUCCGGAGGACGCCGUUAAGAAAGAGCCGUGGAAGCAGCGCAAUCCCUUUGAAAAGGCAUGUGCCUCUGGCGAAGGGCCCAGCUGCGUAUUCGUCAACCUUGGGCGCAUAAAGCCGCCCCACAUGCGGCUCGCAAUGUCUGGCCGGUAG